UAUGGAGGCAGAAAAGAGUGUUGUGGUUGUUUGAUUAGCCAAGGAAUCGCCUACGAAUUGAGGGCGGUGGAGUGUUGAAGUUAGGAUUGAGAAGGACGUGAAGUAGAAAGUGGAAAGAGACGUGAAAUAGUAAGCCUCACAUUCUGUAUGCUAUGGAGGAUGAGGCUGAGUAUUUGUUGAUAGCGAGCGAAACAAGCGAUCCAUAUGCAACAGUACUGAUCAACCCAAAAACGGGUGUUUCUCAAUGGUCUUAUAGGGGGAAUGAACUGCAAGGAGCUGUAACAGGAUCUGUUGAAAUGCUUGGCAGCAAUCGUAUUUUUGUGGCAAUCAAAGACCAGCCGUUACUACAUCUCCUUUCUAUGGAUGGCAGUAAAUGCCUCCACGUCAAGAAUGUACUUCCCAAAUCAGUGCGCCACUUAUCUGUAACGCCAGAUGGUAGCGUACUGUUCGUUGCGAUCAACAAUCAGAUAUACGUUUGGAUUAUUGGUACAGGCGAACUUAUUGCUAUAAUUAAUGGUCAUUAUCGAUCAAUAUCUAGUCUUCUGCUCAAUUCUGACGGUUCACUUUUGGUGUCUGGGGCAGAGGAUGGCAGCUUAUGUGUGUUCGUUGUUGCUGAGUUGAUGUCAGCAAACCCAACUUUAGAACAUGCCAUCCCAUUCCGUCAUUGGCGACCGCAUUCUUUAUCCGUUAGCAAUAUUGCAAUAACACGUCACAGUAAUGCUCGUAUAUUAUCUUGUUCCAAGGAUCAUACCGCUGCAUUCCACUCAAUUACAGCUGACAUCUGCUUGUUAAAGAUCUCAUGUGAUAUGGCUUUAUCAUCUUGUGCAAUUGAUCCUGCUGAAUGUCGAUUGUUUCUAGGCACCGUCAACGGAUCCUUGGUGCAACUAGAUCUUUAUUGUUUGAACAAAACAGAAGUAUCGCUUGUAAUCGAAGAAACUGCUGGAAAUUUGCCACUAUUCAAAGGUCAUUCUGCGGAACUGGCAUGGUUGGAUGUAAAUCAUGACGGCUCUUUGCUGGCAUCCGGUGACGUAUCCGGUGUUUAUGUGAUUUGGGAUAUUUCGAGUCGGCAGUGUUUGAAAACAUCCUCUCUAACGGGACCCAUCUGCAAGUUGAAGUUUAACAUGCGAUGGAAAGCUACAGAAGGAAGUGGCAAAAAAAAGCAAACACUUCCUAUCUCUAAUCUCAAACGGCAGAAGGAAAGAAAGUUACCAUCGCUUGUAUUGUUGCAGGAUGGAAUAUCAAGUGAAAAAGACGAAUUUUAUGCUGCACAUCUGGACAGGAUCAUAUCUGAUUACGCUAAAGUAGAAAUCCAAGUUAAUGCUUCCACCGACGAUGAACUGCACAGUGAAUACAUUACUGAAGACCUAAAAUCAGCGGAAGGCGUAGAGACCUCAGAUUCGAAAAUAAUAGAAUCCUUGAAAGCAAAACUAGCAAUGUUGGAAAAAGCUAAUCAAGAAAUUUAUGAUUUUGCAGCAUCGUUGAUCAUUGAUCGGAGCUGAUUCGAUCAUAAAAUGCUCGAAAAUAAUACUGUUCCUAACCUGUGUGCGUAAGUAAAAGGUAAUUAAAAAUCCUUGUCUUUGUG